AUGUGGCAAGCAACAGCCGAGCCAGGUGUGGCAAGCACCAGCCGAGUCAGGUGUGUUCAGGCAAGCAACAGCCAAGCCAGGUCAGGCAAGCAACAGCCGAGUCAGGUGUGGCAAGCAACAGCCGAGCCAGGUCAGGCAAGCAACAGCCGAGCGCAGGUCAGGCAAGCAACAGCCGAGUCAGGUGUGGCAAGCAACAGCCGAGUCAGGUCAGGCAAGCAACAGCCGAGCCAGGUGUGGCAAGCAACAGCCGAGUCAGGUGUGGCAGCAACAGCAGUCAGGUGUCAAGCAACAGCCGAGUCAGGUGUGGCAAGCAACAGCCGAGCCAUCAGGCAAGCAAGCCGAGCCAGGUCAGGCAAGCAACAGCCGAGUCAGGCAAGCAACAGCCGAGCCAGGAGCCAGGUCAGGCAAGCAACAGCCGAGUCAGGCAAGCAACAGCCCGAGGCCAGGUCAGGCAAGCAACAGCCGAGCCAGGUCAGGCAAGCAACAGCCGAGUCAGGUGUGGCAAGCAACAGCCGAGCCAGGUGUGGCAAGCAACAGCCGAGUCAGGUGUGGCAAGCAACAGCCGAGCCAGGUCAGGCAACCAACAGACGAGCCAGGUCAGGCAAGCAACAGCCGAGUCAGGUGUGGCAAGCAACAGCCGAGUCAGCAAGCAACAGCCGCCAGGUGUGGCAAGCAACAGCCGAGCCAGGUGUAAACAACAGCCGAGCAGGUCAAAGCAACAGCCGAGCCAGGUGUGGCAAGCAACAGCCGAAUCAAAGCAACAGCCGAGCCAGGUGUGGCAUUCAGUCAGGCAAGGCAACAGCCGAGGUUCAGGCCAACAGCCGAGUCAGGUGUGGCAAGCAACAGCCGAGCCAGGUCAGGCAAGCAACAGAGUCAGGUUCAGAGGCAAGCAACAGCCAGGUCAGGCAAGCACAGCCGAGUCAGGUGUGGCAAGCAACAGCCGAGUCAGGCAACAACAGCCAGUCAGGCAAGCACAGCCAGCCAGUCAGGCAAGCAACAGCCGAGCAGCAAGCAACAGCCGAGUCAGGCAAGCAAAAGCCAGAGCCAGAGGCAAACAACAGCCGAGCCAGGUGUGGCAAGCAACAGCCGAGCCAGCUGCAAGCAGCCGAGCCAGGUCAGGCAAAACAACAGCCGAGUAACCGCCACCAGCGAGCUAAAGCCAGCCCGCAGCAGUCCCAGCAGCAUCGCCUCGAUCCGGCGCUUCAGCAUCAACCAGGAAGCGCGUCUUACGACCGCUGUCUCUCCUGCUUUGGGAGCACUGGCCCUCAGACCGGCGGGCCAUUCCGCGCCGCAAUCCCUUUAACGCGACUGCAGCGCCCCGAGAGGCUUAUGCAUAUGUAUCACGAUGGUCUACUGCAUGACCUGCCGUUGCAUGGCCCGGCGAGAGGACCGCUGGUGCAAUAUGCUACGCGGGAAGUGCCACAGCAUAUAGACUGUAGCAUAUAG